AGUUCGUCAUUGAUAAUUUAGAGCUCACUCGGUUAGCACACAUUAUUUUGUGCACGGCGCGGCACUCGUAAUACGUCAUCACCUUGAACGCGCUUCAUACAAACAUAUUUUUAUUGCGCACGGUUUUCCUCACGAACCGUCUCGCCUUGCCGUGUGCAAGCAACGCGACUGGGUGACCGGCGCAAUUUAUAAGGGCGUACGGCACUCUCAUUACUAAGUCUUCACUCGCAUUCACGAUCCAGCGGAUAUCAAGCCAUCCCAAUGGCUCAAACAGUGGAAAACGAUAUCAAAGCUUCAGCUUUGGACCUGAUUGGCAACACUCCAAUAGUUGCGCUCGACCGUCUCUACACCGGGCCUGGCAGAAUCCUAGCCAAAUGUGAGUUCAUGAACCCUGGCGCUUCUAUCAAAUGUCGGUCGUCGCUUCACAUGAUCAAGAAAGCGCUAGACUCUGGUGAAUUGAAGCCGGGCAUGCCAGUCGUCGAAGUCACCUCAGGAAACCAAGGAUGCGGUCUUGCGGUUGUGUGCGCGGUACUGGGCCACCCGCUCACUCUCACCAUGUCUAAAGGAAACAGUAUGCAACGAGCUAUUCACAUGGAAGCGUUAGGCGCUAAAUGCAUUCGAGUAGAUCAAGUGGAGGGGACGUAUGGCAACGUCACUCUCGCUGACGUCAAAGCUGUAGAGGAGGUGGGGCUCAAGAUAGUCGACGAAAGUGGCGCUUACUACGUGAACCAAUUUAACAACGAUGGAAAUUCGAUGUCACAUUAUGAGACGACAGGACCUGAGAUUUGGAAGCAAACCGGGCAUCAUGUAGAUGUCUUUGUAGCCACAGUAGGAACCGCGGGUACGUUUACAGGAACGUCAAAAUAUUUGAAGGAACAGAACCCGAACAUCAAGACUUUCGUCGUGGAGCCUGCAGGUUCGGAACCCAUAAAGGGUGAGCCGAUAUCGAAGCCUCUUCAUUUGCUUCAAGGGUCUGGUUAUGGGUGUGUGCCCAACUUGUUUAAGUUUGAGAAUAUGGAUGGGACUGUUAGUAUAACUGAUGAAGAAGCUGUGAAAUACAAGAAGCUGAUCGGUGAGAAGGAAGGUUUAUUCGUUGGUUAUACAAGUGGGGCUAAUGUGGCUGCAGCUGUGAAACUUUUGGAGUCUGGCCGCGUGCCGAAGGAUGCAUGGGUGGUGACUGUCCUCAACGACACGGGAUUGAAAUAUACCCCAGUGCCAGAAGAAUUAACCUCGUAAUACUGAUUACGCCAAUUAAAUCAAUACAUAUUUGUAUUUAAAUGUUCAACUAUGAGUGUGUGUUAAUACUUGGUAAGUGUAGA